CUCUCUCUCUCUCUCUCUCUCUCUGUUUUUACUCUGUUUUUCAAUUUUGAAAGCUUCUCUUUCUGUGCAGUAUCUGAAGAAAAAGGACCUGAAGUCUCUCUACGAAGCUUUACAGAAAGUAAAAGAAGAGUUGAUGCUGCUAGGGUUCAUUUCACUGCUUCUGACUGUACUUCAAAGUAGUAUUACCAAGAUAUGUGUGAAGGAGGGCUUGACCCAUCACUUCCUUCCUUGUAAAUUAGUCUCCGAAGGAGGAGAGUCUUCUUCUAAUUCAACUGGAGCAACUUCCCAUUAUCAACGUUUGCUAGCUGAAGCAACUUCAGGGACUGGUUACUGUGCCGGAAAGAAGAUGGUCCCAUUGUUGUCUGUUGAAGCAUUGCAUCAUCUACAUGUCUUUAUCUUCGUGCUAGGCUUUGUCCAUGUGACAUGUACUGUUCUCACUGUUGUAAUUGGAACGGCAAAGAUACGUCAAUAUCAAGAAAUCAAGACAAAAAGAUUGCAUAAGUGUAUCAGGCCAAGAACAGUGGUAGAAAGCAACAGACAUGUGAACAGUGCGAGUGUUCAAGACAUGGAUAAAGAGCAAAAUUAUGAAAUAAACAUGUUUAGAUACAUGAUUCGCAAAUCAAAUAUUCGAGUAAAACAGCAAUGGCGACUAAAUGAUAAAACAGAAUUUUAUGGAACACGACAAGAACUGAAAACCAAGAGGAAUGAUGACUUACCAGAGAAAAGAAGCCGAUGCUUGAGAUCGCCGAAGUCAGAAGAACGGUGGCGGUAA